GGAGGAAAAAAAAAAAAGGUGCUGGCUGGUAAUUGGGUAUCAUAGUGCGGCCCCGAGCCUGGUGUGUGGCGUGAGAACCUGUAGAACAUUACCUUCAACCAUUUCAGAGAAGAAAAGUGUCGGUGUGCCCUCAUCUCCUUCUGGUGGCUCAAGUAGUGACAUCUGUACAUGCACUCUGCAUCUCUGCUGCAUUAGCGUGGCAUUAAAUAUCCCUGCUUUAACAACUAUUUACCAGGAAGGUGGUGCUGAGCUUCCUGUUCCACAGCUCCUGUUCCCAUUCUGCCUUGGAAGAACGUAAUGUGACAAAGCCUUCAGUAAAACCAGAGCCUGAAGGAAAUAUCAGGUGUUAACAUCCAAUAAAAAGCUAACGCGGUGGAAUGAACUGGGAUUGCGAGGUACCUCUUGUAUGGCUGAGGCAGGAACUGACCAAAUGCAGCGUUUUUAUGAUGGUGACAGCUUUCUGCUCAACAAUUAAGUGCUUGUGCUGCAGACUGAGAAAGCCGCAGAGCUGCCUUGGCUCGGAGCUGGGAGACGUCAUGGAUUCCUGAGUGUGAAGUUUGCAGGAAAGCCCUCGGUUUGGGAGAUGGAGGCGAUCCAAGGGUUUCCAUGGCACUGGGAUAAACAGGAGGAAACAGUGAGGGAAUCCCGUUAUUUUACAGCAUUCAAAGACUAUAAACACUCAGAGCAGGGAAGGAAGUGGCCUUUCCCUCUCUAGUAACCCUCAUCUCAGAGCAGAGAACUGACUUCACUUCAGGAACAAGCUCAGCCCAGUUCGGAUCCCUCUUAGCACCUCCAAACGCUUACAGAGGAGGCAAGCAGGAGGGGUUCCCUCUGUCUGGGCAGCACCGGUCGAACAUGGUUUAAAGAAGACUUUUUUCCUCUUCUUUUUUCAACUGAUUUUUUUUUUUUUUUUUUUUUUUUAAUUUAAAUUCCCGAUGCAGAGAGAAACUGCCUGCAGGCUGCUUCGUUACCACCACAUCAUGAGGUCUAUGGAUCAAGAACCUCUCCAAUAAUGUCACCACGAACAAGCAUCACGGAGGAAACCUGCUUGGGACAACAUUCACCAUCACCACGUCCCAACUCAAGGUCUUCAUCACCAGGUGCAAAACGGAGGUACUCUUGCACUCAGCAGCCUUCCACCUCUCCACGACAGUCAAGGACCCCCUCUCCACAGUCCUCUCCACGCAUCCCCCUGAGGGAAGACAGCUCUACGCUUACUUACACGCAGUUGUCCAGCGCUCCUCUUUCCAUGGAUGCUAUGAACAGCCUUCCUACAGAUCCUUCCUGUGGUGUUCCCACCAAAAUUUGGAAAACCAGCCCUGACCCUUCAUCAAUGCCUUCCCACAAAAACAGCAUUCCGUGCCACGUCUUUCAGACUGUUGACUUCCAUGGGCCCUGCGAGCAGGAGGACAGGAGAAACUCAGCGCCAGAAUCGAUUCUGUUGGUUCCUCCGUCCUGGACAAAGCAACUGAUGCCAGCAAUACCUAUCUGCAGCUUGCCCGUCCAGUCUCUGCCGCCCCUCGAGUGGCCGCUCUCCAGCCAGUCUGGCUCCUACGAGCUGCGCAUCGAGGUGCAGCCCAAGCCCCACCACCGCGCGCACUACGAGACAGAGGGGAGCCGAGGGGCUGUGAAGGCCCCGACUGGAGGCCAUCCUGUGGUCCAGCUUCACGGUUACAUGGAGAACAAACCAUUGGGUCUUCAGAUCUUCAUCGGGACAGCAGAUGAACGGAUACUCAAACCUCAUGCCUUCUAUCAAGUCCAUCGCAUUACAGGAAAAACUGUCACCACCACCAGCUAUGAAAAAAUUAUUGGCAACACCAAAGUUUUAGAGAUCCCACUGGAACCCAAAAACAACAUGAAAGCAACCAUUGACUGUGCGGGGAUUUUGAAGCUGAGGAACGCGGACAUCGAGCUGCGUAAGGGUGAGACGGACAUCGGCAGGAAGAACACCCGCGUCCGGCUUGUCUUCCGCGUGCACAUCCCUGAGUCCAGCGGCCGCAUCAUCUCUCUGCAGGCAGCAUCAAACCCCAUCGAGUGCUCCCAAAGGUCUGCUCAUGAACUUCCGAUGGUUGAAAGACAAGACAUUGAUAGUUGCCUCGUGUAUGGAGGGCAACAGAUGAUCCUGACAGGACAGAAUUUCACAGCGGAGUCCAAGGUGGUGUUCACAGAGAAAACUUCAGAUGGGCAGCAGAUCUGGGAAAUGGAGGCGACAGUGGAUAAAGAUAAGAGCCAGCCUAGCAUGCUCUUUGUAGAAAUACCGGAGUACCGGAACAAGCACAUUCGCACACCUGUGAAGGUGAAUUUCUAUGUCAUCAAUGGCAAAAGAAAAAGAAGCCAACCCCAGCAUUUUACCUAUCACCCAGUACCAUCAAUCAAAACAGAGCCCAUUGAUGACUAUGAUCCAGCCCUAAUCUGCAACACAGUACACAGUGGUCUGGGAACAGUCACACAGCCGUACUAUUCACAGCACACAAUGGUCACCGAGUCCCCUUCCUGUCUUGUGGCCACUAUGGCUCCCUGCCAGCAGUUGCGCUCGGGCCUUUCUUCUCCUGAUUCUCGAUACCAUCAGCAGAAUCCAGCUGCAGUAGUAUACCAAAGAAGCAAGAGCCUUAGCCCAAGCCAGCUGGGCUACCAGCAGUCCGGUUUGAUGGCUACACCGGUUGCAAUUUCAGAUGCCCAUAGGUCAGUGCUAGUGCAUGCUGGUUCCCCAGGCCAAACUUCAGCAGUGCUCCACCACUCUCCAGGCAACCAGCAAUCUUCUCCAGUGAUUCACUACUCUCCAACCAACCAGCAGCUGAGGUGUGGAAGUCACCAGGAAUUUCAGCACAUUAUGUGCUGUGAAAAUUUUACGUCCAGUGUUGCAAGACCAAGCCAGCCCCAAGUCAGUCAAGCACAGAGAUUAAGUCCGAGUUCAUAUCCUACCGUGAUCCAGCAGCAGACAGCUUCAGGCCAGCGGGCAGCAAAAAAUGGACAACCAGUCAGUGACCAGAAAGAAGUGUUACCAGCUGGAGUCACUAUUAAGCAGGAGCAGAAUUUGGACCAAGCGUACCUGGAUGAUGUUAACGAAAUUAUCAGGAAGGAAUUUUCUGGACUCCCUGCCAGAAAUCAGACAUAGAAGAAGAUUUGUGAGACAGCUUCUACCAAAUCCUUCCAUAACUGACCUCUUAGAUCCUUCCAGUGCCCCUGCAACCUCCUGCUUCCUUAGCUGUUCAUCUCAAGGCACCAGUUCAAUGCAAGGAACAAUGUACUGGCAUCAAGCUGACAGCCUUGACUAAGCAACUCGCCACCUCUCUCUGUAAACAUGGAAAAGGGCACCCUUCCUUUCGUCCAAAGAUCGCAUUGUUCUCAUGUAACAGAGCAUCUGUCUGAGGAAACACUUCAAGCCUGCUGCAAAAAUCUAGCUAUGUAUCGAUGCAUCUAUCUCAGAAUAAGGGAGAAGUAAGAUGGCACUCCUGAAGGCCACACAAAACAAGGGAGGUUAUAUAUUAGUCUUUA